AUCGUUUUCUUUUAAUGAUAAUCAAAUAGUGUUGAACUUUAACACCGAGAUUAAUGUACUAUUAUUAUUUAUUAUGAUAUACAGCAAGAUAACAGGUUAUUAUCACUGAAUUCAAAAUAUGAAUGGUAAAUUAAGUAUUGAGGCUAUAAUAAAUACUAUUAACUUCACCUAGUGUUUUAAAUUGUGUGAUAAUUAUAGACAGCAAUUUUUAUGAUCAGAAAAAAAUAACGCACAACUUACAAUGAGCUUGAAGAAGUUGACCAGUAUAUUGAACAAGCAAUUACCAUUGAAAAAAUCAUUUGCAAGUAAUAUAAAAAAAACCGGCUUGUAUGAAUUUCACAUUAACAAUGGCGGCAAAAUGGUACCGUUUGCUGCUUACUAUAUGCCGUUAGCCUAUACUGAUAGUAUCACAGUGUCUCACCUACAUACCCGUCAGUCGUGUUCCUUAUUUGAUGUUUCACAUAUGCUACAGUCAAAGAUUUACGGUAAACACAAAGAGCAGUUUAUGGAACAGAUUUGUGUUACGGACAUACAAGGUAUGAAAAAAAGAACCAGUGCGUUGAGUUUGUUUGUAGACGAUAAAACUGGUGGUAUACUAGACGAUUUAAUUGUAACUAAAACGGAAGACGAUUACUUAUACAUGGUAACAAAUGCUGGUUGCAAGGAACAAGACGUCAAAAUGAUUACAGAACAACUAGAGGAUUUUAAAUCGAAAGGAAACGAUGUUACUAUUGAGUUCUUGGACAGUGACAUACAAUCAUUGUUGGCAUUACAAGGACCAAAAUCCAUGACUGUUCUUCAACCCGUUGUUUCUGCUGAUUUGUCUAAAUUGUAUUUUAUGAACACUACGACGUCUACAGUUUGUGGAGUGCCAAAUUGUCGUAUUAAUCGGUGUGGUUACACUGGUGAAGAUGGCUUUGAAAUCUCUGUACCAACUGAUCAGGUCACAACGAUUGCCGAAACACUUUUAGGUAAUGAAAGCGUCAAACUAGCCGGUCUCGGCGCUAGAGAUACAUUGAGGUUAGAGGCCGGAAUGUGUUUACAUGGAUCAGAUAUCGACAUCACUACGACUCCAGUAGAAGCUGCAUUAGUAUGGACAAUAAGUCGGAAAAGAAGAGAUGAGAAACAAUUUCCCGGAGCGUCAGUUAUUAUGAAACAGAUCAGUGAAGGUGUAGAACGCAAGCGAGUUGGUUUGAUUCAGGAAUCGCAAGGAGCACCCGUGAGAGCCGGUGCAGUGAUUCUCGAUGCAGACAGCCAAAAAGUUGGAACAGUGACCAGUGGAUGUCCAUCUCCUUCAUUGUUAAAAAACAUAGCGAUGGGUUAUGUGAACAGUAAUUUAGCUAAGAUGAAAACUGAAGUAAAGGCGGUAGUUCGCGGCCAACAAAUACCAAUGGUUGUUACUAAAAUGCCAUUUGUCAAAUCAAAUUAUUAUUCUCAACCAAAAUAAUGCCAUUUUUUAUAUUUUUAAUACAGUAGAUUUUUAUUUUAUUUGUUAAUAUAUAUAUAUAUAUAUACUUUUAAAUAAUAUAAUAAUUUUAUAAAAAAUUACUUUUAAGAAAAACAAUUUAACUUUCUCAAAUUGAGAUUAUCAUGUUUUAUAUUUUAAUCUUUAAUUGUCUAAUUAGAAGUCAUACGGUUAACAGUGUACCAAAAAUUAAAUUAA